GCGCAUAUCCUUCGUUUGCCGGUGCUCGAGGAAUCGUACCGUGCGUACGCACAGACAAUCUUCGCAAUGGAGAAGUUCCCUAACGCAACCGUUGUAGCUAAGGCGAUCAAAGCCCACAAGCCCCAGACACACAAUGCUAAACUUGUGUUCGAGUACCUUUCCUCGGCAAGAUCUGCUCAUCCGGGUAGGUAG